AUGAGCGAGCGGGAAUUGGCUAUUGGGAAGCUUAAGCAGCGCUUGGCAAGCCUGCUAGAAUCCGUGGGUCUUCUGGAGAUGUUUUUGAAAAAAUAUAAACCAGAAGAACACGAAGGUCAGGUUCAGGUUCGGCUAGCAAAACUGGAAGAGUUCUUCAACGUGUUUUUCGACGUCGCCGCACAGUUGGAGUCCUACUCGUCGAAGGAGGAAGCAGUUUCAACGAAAGAAGAAAGGUACCUCUUCGAGAGCAAGUAUUAUUCCCUGAAGGUCGCUCUUCAGUCCAAGUUGCCAAAACCUUCCACCUCCGCUGCGCCCGUGCCGUCUUCAGUUGCAGUAUCGCAUAUCCGGUACCCUGAAAUCCCAUUGUUAAAGUUCAGUGGUCGGCCGGAGGAUUGGGUCUCUUUUCGGGACAGCUUCAAGGCGGGUGUUGCAAACAGGAAGGAGAUAAGCGACGUUGAGAAGCUGCAGUAUUUAAAGAGGCUAGUGCAAGGUGAUGCGGCCAGAAUCAUCGGACACAUCGAGAUCAGCGAUGAAGGCUAUCGGACAGCGUGGAAAUUGCUUGGUCGGAGAUACGAGAAUAAGCGGAGAUUAAUCUUUUGUCACCUCGAAGCGUUAUACGAUACAGCGGCAAUGCGGAAGGAGUCUUGUGAGGAGUUGUUGCGGGUUAUCGACAGCUUCGAAGAGCACCUUUCGAAUUUGAAGCGACUCGGAGAGCCGACCGAUCGUUGGAGUUCCAGCUUGGUGUACCACCUGUAUAUUCGACUCGAUCCAAACACGAAGCGCGAGUGGGAUCGUUAUUGCAACGCCGUUGAUGAUGGAUGGCAGUUCCACGAGGGACGACGAUAG